UUUGGACUUUCUUGUGCGUCGAACCCUGGCGUGGAGGACGUUGACUUCCAACGGCAGUAGUGCUGCGGGAAAGAAAGAAAGAAAGAAAGAAAGAAAGAAAAAAAGUGGCGGAAAGUUGCGGAGAGUACGAGCAAGUGUGCUGUACUGACGAAAAAAAAAGCCUUUGUUGGAAUAGUCUCGAACGCUUGUGAGUAAAACUCGACAGGUUUGUGACUACAGGAGGCAAGGAUGUCGAUGCAACUGGGUGAGCUCGAUAGAGGGGUCACGAAGGUGAAGGAGUGGCAGGAGACGAGGUACGGAAUAGACUCGGGCAUCGAGUCUGGAGCCAACACUAUCAGAGAUGACGACGGCGACUUCAGCACCUCCAAGCAGUACACCAUGACCACCACAGUCACAACAGAACCUGCAGACUCCCAGUACGUAUUGACCAGAGGUCAGCGGGUGCGGGCCGCCAUGUUCCCAGAGACGCUGGAGGGCAGCACGACCAUCUUGACGACAACCCAAACAGAUCUGUCCCAACUGACCAACGUCCAACGGCUGGCAGAGCCCUCCCAGAUGCUUAAGGCAGCAAUCAUUCAUCUAAUCAACUACCAAGAUGACGCUGAGCUGGCCACACGUGCUGUGCCUGAGCUCACCAAACUGCUCAAUGAUGAAGAUCAGGCUGUUGUCAGCAAGGCAGCCCAGAUUGUCAACCAGCUAACACGCAAGGAGGCGUCCCGCCAUGCGCUGAUGCAGUCUCCUCAGGUGGUGUCUGCAGUGGUGCGCGCCAUGCAGAACACCAAUGACAUGGAGACAGCCAGGGCCACAGCCAGCAUCCUCCACAAUCUCUCCCACAAAAGAGAGGGCCUGCUCUCCAUUUUCAAGUCUGGUGGCAUCCCUGCACUUGUCCGCAUGCUCAGCUCUCCCAUGGAAUCUGUGCUCUUCUAUGCCAUCACAACCCUCCACAACCUGCUCCUGCACCAGGAGGGAGCGAAAAUGGCUGUCCGUUUGGCUGACGGCCUGCAGAGGAUGGUCCCCCUUCUAAAGAAAAGCAACCCCAAGUUUUUGGCCAUCACUACGGACUGUCUGCAGCUGCUUUCUUAUGGCAAUCAGGAGAGCAAGCUCAUCAUCCUCGCCAAUGGGGGUCCUGAGGCUCUUGUUCACAUCAUGAGGAACUACAACUAUGAGAAGCUGCUGUGGACCACAAGCCGUGUCCUCAAAGUCCUGUCUGUGUGCCCCAGCAACAAACCCGCCAUUGUCGAGGCCGGUGGGAUGCAGGCUCUGGGUAAACACCUGACUGGCAGCAGCCAGCGUCUGAUGCAGAACUGCCUGUGGACACUCAGGAACCUGUCUGAUGCGGCCACCAAGCAGGAGGGAAUGGACGGCCUGCUGCAGGUGUUGGUCAACCUGCUGAGCUCAGAUGACAUCAACAUGCUCACCUGUGCCACUGGCAUCUUGUCUAAUCUGACGUGCAACAACGCCUACAAUAAAACUCUGGUUACCCAGAACAACGGCAUCGAGGCGCUGAUCCACGCUAUACUGCGCGCCGGCGAGAAAGAGGAUGUGACCGAACCUGCCAUUUGCGCUCUGCGUCACCUGACUUCCCGCCACCAGCAGGCUGAGGUGGCACAAAACGCAGUGAGGAGGCACUACGGCAUCCCGGCCAUCGUCAAGCUCCUCAACCAGCCGUACUACUGGCCGGUUAUUAAGGCUGUGGUUGGCCUGAUCCGUAACCUGGCCCUGUGCCAGGAAAACCAGGCCCAACUGAGGGACGCCGGCGCGAUCCCCCGCCUGGUCAACCUGCUGCUCAAAGCCCACCAGGAUGCCCAGAAACACGGCUCGUCCACCCAACAGACAUACCAGGAUGGAGUGAGGAUGGAGGAGAUAGUGGAGGGCUGUACGGGAGCUCUGCACAUCCUGGCCAGAGAUCCUGUCAACAGAGCAGAGAUCGCCAACAUGCAGACCAUUCCUCUCUUUGUUCAGCUCCUCUACUCACCAGUAGACAAUGUGAAGCGUGUGGCGGCGGGCGUGCUGUGUGAGCUGGCGCUGGACAAGCAAUCAGCUGAGGCCAUCGAUGGCGAGGGAGCGUCUUCUCCGCUGAUGGAGCUGCUGCACUCCGACAACGAGGGCAUCGCCACAUACGCCGCUGCGGUCCUCUUCCGCAUUUCCGAGGAUAAGAGCGCCGAGCACAAGAAGAGAGUUUCCAGGGAGCUCACGCACUCCAUGUUCAAGAACGACCCUGCCGCCUGGGAGAUGGCCCACAACAGUGUCACCAUGGAAGCGCCCUACCAAGAUGAGCUGGACGCCCCUUUUCAAAACUUCGGCGGCUACCCAGGUGACAUUCCCAUGGACACCGUGGACGCCAACUUCAUGCAUGACGAGUUCGCCCCCAACAUUGUCUAUGACAGACAACCACAGUUUGAGCCUUAUUAAAGGUCCAAGAGGGGAGGAGCUUGUGGAAAAGCGGUCUGCUGGGCUAGAAUGGAACGAACGUCUUGAUUCAUUUUUAUAUGUAAUAUAUGCAAUUAUCAUUGAGUACGGGACUCCUAAUCGUAACAGGGCUUACAUAUGUUUUAUAUCCGAAUAUUGCUGCGAAUCAUUUACACGCUUGAAAAACGGUUCUAAGAUUGUGUGUACGUGUGCAUAGGAGUUAAUGUGUUUUGUGUGUGCGCGUUUCUGCUUUUGGGUGGGUAGUCUAUGCCAAAGAGAUUUUAUUUUGUGAAGAUCACAUAGAUUGCUUUUUCUUCUUCUUCUUCUUCUUAAAAGGACAAUGCUGCCGCAGGUGGAUCUGUGCGCACCUGCUCAUUUUUCUUUUUAAUGCCUUCAAAAGAGUCACUUUGACAAGAUAGCGUCAACGUUCUCCCACUGUAACCCCGAACGAUCAGACAUAUGGUGCUUGAGUUUGCCACACGUGCAAGAGAGCAAAAAGGGAAGACGACGCACAAUUAGAGAGAGGGAAGCAAACGUUGCUGAAUGACAUGCUUGUUAUCGUUUCUCACAUUUUAUUCUUCUAUAUUUCAUAGGGAAAGGAUUGCAUACUUUGCUUUAGCCAGAAUAAUAACACGUGUCAGUUUUAACCAAAAAGAAGAGCUUGUGUGUGUCUGUAGCUAUUUCGGAUUUGAUGUCAAAACUGAUUGACGCAUUGGUUCAACAGAUUGACUGAUUUCUUUUGUGUGGAUUUAAUAUAGUCGGGACGCCAGCUGGAGAAACACUACUGACAGGGAAAUUUGUACUUACAAAGAGUUUUUACUGAAAUUUUGUUAAAUAAAAUUAAAGGAUAUAUUAAACCUG